AUUAAUAUAUAAUUGUGAUUAUGAUAUAACUAUAAUCGUAUUUCCAAUAUAAUUGUAAUCAUCAUAACCAGUGGAGCUAAAAUGUGAUGAGAUGUAGCACCCCUUCUCCAGAAGAAGCUGUUUUCCUUCUCAAAAAAGCACAAGAAACAUCAUUGCAAACCAAAAGAGUAUUUUCAAGAUUUUCAUUAGAUAUUUCAGAGAAUUCGGAGAAAAAGAAGAAAAUGGGUAAAAACAAUAGCGUUGACGAUUGUACCAAUAUCUUGGAAGAACUAAAUGCUGAAAUGGUGGAUAUUUAUUUUCCAGUAAUAAUAUUUCUCGGAAUUACUAUGACAUUUGGAGGAAUUGGAAAUUGUAUUGUAGCUUAUGUAUACUAUCAUAGAUUUGAGAUUACUUCCACUCAAGUAUUCGUUGUAGCACUCGCAGUGAACGAUCUUCUAACUUGCAUAAUAUGCAUACCUAUAGAACUGGUGAUUCUUCAUUUUUCUUACACUUUUCACAGUGAUAUUGCAUGUCGCUUAAUGCGCUAUACUGUGUCUGCAGCAAUAGUCAAUUCAGCUUUCAUUACAUGCAUUAUAUCAGUCGAUAGGUAUAUACGUGUAUGCCGAUCCCUUGAAUAUCAAAUUUCUGUUGAGAAAUCAAAGAAAAUUGUAGCACUCAUAAUAAUCACGUCAGCUAUUGCUACUUCACUAAUACCAUUUGUAUUCUUCAAAAAUAAAAGAAUGGCCAAACAUUGUGGAAAUAUUGGAGAAGUAUGCUCACUGUCUGAAAGUUCAGAUUUUGUUUUCGGCUAUUAUAUUUUCCUAACGAGCGGUGCCUGCAGUGUAUUUCUUACCCUCGUGAUUAUAUAUUUAUUGAUUGGAAUACGUAUUUGGAAAAUUUACAAAGCAAAGAAAAAUAUAGUUUAUAAACUUUGUAUCAGUUCAGUGAUCUCUAAAGGUCUUUAUACAAAUACAUUUCUUCAAACUUCUCCUACAAAAAAGAAAAGAAAACCAAUGCACCCGGUUCGGACAAAUUUAGUUCUGUUCACUAUCAGCUUGAUUUGGAUCAUCAGUUAUGUUCCACAUUUUGCGGCAAUAUUCUUUAGGCUCUUCAUUAAAGCUUUUAAUGAAAAUGCAAGUCAUACAGAAAAAGUCCUUUACAAAGGUUUACUGUGUUCUUUUUACCUCAGCUGUGCUCUUAACCCAUGUAUUUACGGACUUUUCAGCCAAAAGUUUCGUUUUCAAUUAAAUAAUGCAUUUCGCAAAGUUAUCCAUUCGGACCAUUAAUAAAAUACAGAAUUUCU